CCAGCUGGUGCCUGACUAACAGACUCUGGUAGUGUAGUAGAGAAGCUGUUGUGAAGUUAUCAUCACGGGCCAAGAUGUCCCGAGGAGCUGCGCAGAAAUGCAGAGAGACACAGAGCGAGCAGCUCAGCUGAGCCCCUCUUCCGAAGAUGAAGCCUUGGUUUUGAGGCAGAAGCCUUCAGAGACGCAAUCCCCAGAGGAGGACACUGUCACUCUGCAGCAGUGGAAAGCACGGCAGCUGCAGCGCCUGGCUGAGGAGUUGAAGGCAGAGUGGCAGGAGGCCCGGCUGCAGCAGGUCCGACAAGCCGAACGCCUCUACUUGGCCCACCUGUUGGAUGAGGCAGCAGAGCGGGCCGUGGGAAGCGACUCUGGCUUGGAUGAACAGAACCAGAGAGGAACACCAAAACACACAAGGGCUAAGGAGAGAAACCGAGCAGCCUACAGAGAGGAGAAGGGCCGCAGGGAGGAGCACUCCAGACAUCACCCCAAGUCCCGGAAAAAGGCAUCGUGCACGGAGAGACGGACUUCUACCAAAGCCCGUGGCCCAACCCCUGUUGAGAAGGGUAAAGGGAGACGGGUGUCUUCAAGUAAGGGCCGUGGUGGAUACCAGCCCUUGGGCCCUCGGGUGACCAGAAGGGCAGACAUGGGGAAGUUCAACCCAUUCUUUGAUGGUAUUAGAGAAACUGAAUUCGGGGAAGAAGUACAGAAGGAAUUCUUCCGGGAGGGGAGGCGGCCCUCAUCAAAGGGGACUCGACUUGCUCACAACCUCAGGGACCAGAGUCUGCAAGGCAAAGCAACAGUCCUAGAAGAAUCCUUGCCCCUCGACCACACCUUCAAACAAGGGGCUGAAGCCCAGGGGCACCCAAGCAAGUACAACAACAGGAAUCAGUGGCACAAAGAAAUUGAAUCUACCUUCGAGGAAUUGUUUAACACAAAUAGGAAGCUGAAGAAACAUCUGAAUUUGCACCUUGAACAGAGGCUCAAGGCAGACCAGAAUCCAGAUGAGCAACAGAGCUACUCAGAGAUUCGGAGUGAGAACUUUGGCACCCUGAGAGAGGAGGAGAAUACGGAGGAGCCAGAAACCACCAAGGAGUCUGAGAGCCCAACAGAGGUGGAGACUUCUGAGAUGUGGUCCAAAGCCAAUCUGAAACAGAUACUGAGUGACACGGAGUACCCCAGGUACCAACAAAUGGCAAAGUGCCCAUUAAAGAAUGAAAGCCUAGUGCCUGUUAAGGCAGGAACAUCUAGAGAACAAGACGACUUGUUCUCACUCAGUCCAGAGUCGGUACAGGAGACACCCACAUCACCUGUGGUGGAGGACGAUAGUCUCAAGCCUUACCUGCAGAAACAGGCAGACUCUGUAUCAAGCUGGAUGGCUUUGAGGCAAAAGCAGAAGGCAGAGUUGGAGCAGAGAAGGCAAAAGACACUUUUGGAGCUGACAGAACACCCCAACAUGAGCUUGGAGAUCCAUUACAAGGCUGAGCUGGAGGAAGAACGCAGGGAGCGUAGACGGAUGCGUUUGGCUCUCCUUAAAUCGUAUCCCACAGGGGUCCAGGCCCCGCCUGUUGAACGAAAUAUUCCUCUGGACAACGGUCUUCUCGAUGAGGACAAACAGAACCAGAUGAUCCGUGACCUUCAACAGCAGAUCUUAGAGCAAAACAAGAUACACCAGGAGUUUUUGGAAAAAGCCAGGAAACGCUUGCAAGAGUUUCAGAAAACAUUUUAAAAGCAGACCCACCCAUGAUAAAUACAUCCCUGAUGGCUGCUUUGCCUGUACCAUG